AGUUGAAAUGAUAAAUACAGUGGAAGAAGAAACUGAGAAGAAUCUACCUUCUGAGAAGAAGAAAAGAAAAAGGGAGAAAGGAAAUGCUGUUGAUGUUAGCAGUGCUGUUCAGAGCAAGAUCGAAGGUUGUGCAGAUAAUUCAAUUGAAGAAAUUGGAGGGAAAAAAAGGAACAAAGCAAAGAAGAUACCAAAAAGUGGCAAUGCUUUGAUCGACAAAUUUGGUCAGCUUGGUGCUUAGGAAGAAGAUGGUGUCAAUAAAUUAAAUGUAGGUAACUCUAAGAAAGCUAAGAAAAAGAAGAAGAAGGAUCAUGAUUCAUUGAAGCAGGAUGAAGAUUUAACAGAAAAGAGUACGGAAGCUGAUCAGAAUGAAGUUUAUUUUAUCUCUUCAGGGGAUGAUGACUGCUCAAAAGGAAUGAAAAGUAUGAAGCAUUUUACUGAAUGGGUUACAGAAUACCAUCAAAGUAGACCAGGUUUGAAGGUUUUACAACAGAGAAUUGAUGAAUUUAUCACUGCUCAUGAAGCAAAACUUGAACAGGGAAGAAAAGAAAGAGAAGCUCUUGCUGCAGAAGGGGGAUGGACAGUGGUUGUACAUCAUAAAGGAAGGAAAAAAACCACAGAUUCUGAAAGUGGAAUUACUGUGGGCUCUGUAGCACAAGCUGCUGUGGAGGAUAAGCUUGGCAAGAAGAAGAAAAAAGAGGUUGGGCUAGAUUUCUACCGUUUCCAAAGAAGAGAGGCCCAGAGGAAUGAAAUUAUGAUGCUUCAAAGCAAAUUUGAGCAGGAUAGAAAGCGAAUACAACAAUUAAGAGCUGCUAGAAAGUUUCGACCCUAUUGAAUUUUACUGACUCAUUCACAAGGCAUGGGACUUGAAGCAACUCUUAUAAUUUCAUAAACGUUAAAAUGCGGGAAUCAGAGGGCCAGCUGCAUACUCGCCUGUUCUUUUCAAUUUUUUGUGCUGGUUAAGUUUGCUGAAGAAAUCAGCAAGUGCGUUGAUAGAUGCUAAUUAUUUUUGAUAAUGUACAACAUUUGCCCGAUUAGAAUUAGAAAUUUUGUUCUGUUACUGAGGAAUUUAUGAUUUUCUUAUGCCUGGUUGUAUAUUGGCAUUAUGAAUGAAUAUAUCAUCAAGCCAUUGAAGA